AUGCCGCGGAGAGCUAGUAAACCACCGCAGAGGAUGAAAUACUCCGAUAGGGCCAUUACAAAUGCCCUCAAAAUGUGCAAUAAGAACAACAAGAGCAGGAGCAGCAUCAGGAAAACAGCAAAAGCGUGUGGGAUACCCAGGACCACACUGAGAAGUAAGCUACUUGAAAUGUACCCCAACAAGAUCGGCCGUCCUACAGCACUUUCAAACCUUGAAGAGAGUGCUUUAUCAGAGGGAUUGCAACUGUGUGAGGAGUGGGGCUUCCCUCUCACAGCUGAAGAUGUGUGUGAUGUUGUGCAGAACUACUUAAAUACAUGUGAGAAGAGAAUAAAAACAUUCAAAAACAACAGGCCUGGACGAGACUGGAUUAAAUCUUUCCUACAGAGGCACCCAGAGCUGUCGAAAAGGUUCUGUGAAAAUGUGAAAAGAAAGCGCGCUGCAGUUAGCAGAGAAAUUGUCAUGGAUUACUUCACUAGGCUUACUGUUACCUUGAAUGAUGUGCCUCCUGAAAACAUUGUAAAUUAUGAUGAAACAAAUUUCACUGAUGAUCCAGGGGUCAAGCUAGUCAUUGUACGCCGAGGUUCUCGCCAUCCUGAACGGGUAAUAGACACCUCAAAGUCAUCAACAAGUGUAAUGUUCGCUGUAUCAGGAGAUGGAGUUAUGUUGCCACCAUAUGUAGUCUACAAAGCAAUUCAUUUGUACGACAGCUGGACUGAAGGCGGUCCACAAAAACAUGCUAUAACAGAACACAAUCAGGGUGGUUCGACAUGGCUGUGUUUGAGGAUUGGUUUUUUAAAAUUUGUCUUCCAUACUUCAAGAGCAAGAUAG